ACGUGGAGUGAUUUUAAAAACAUUCAUUGAAACGGUUUUAGGGUUUUUUGAAGCGAUAUUUUACAAUGAAUGCUGGCAUAGUCAAACAGCGUGUAGCAAGAAAGUCAUUAUCACUAAAAAAAACUAAAAAUAAGGAAAGUGGAAAGACUAGCUCAACUUCAGAUAUUUCUAAAUAUUUUCAAAAGAAUACAUCAGUUAAUGGUUUGACAGAAGAUGCAUUAAUCCAGGAGCCAGGAAAGCAACCUCUUGCAAAACGCCGACGAAAUGACACCUUAGUGCAACAAUGUGACAAAAAUGCAACAUCUAGGUCUCCCAAAAGUCAAAAGCCCACAGAGUGCCUUAAUAACAAUGUAAAUUUGGUUGCUGGUGCAAAAAACCUGCAGGUGAAACUUGAUCUUAGUUCUGCUUCAUUUACGGCAAUUAGAGGAACAGACCAUGAGUUAAAUAUGUCAACUAACAGUAAAGAUGGGCUAUCGCAUUUAACCAACGGUAUUGAAGCGUCCAAAAUGCAGGGCUGUGUUAAGAUUCAAUGUCCAGAGUUAACCAACAGCAUUAUUAGUUCAGUGGGAACACCAAACUCAACCGAAUGUAUGGAUCUAUUGGAUGAUUCUGUUAUUCCACCUACGCCUCCUGUUAUCAGGUUCAAAAAUAAAACCCCAAUCACAUGCUCUGUUAAUAAGGGUAACAAGAAUGUGUUUUCUAGUCCUUAUUCUGAGGAUAAUCAUAUCAAGAAGUCCGGCAUCGCUAAUUCUUUGAGCAGAAAUCUCAAUUACUCAAAACAUGUUGCAGAGAAAGGAAACGUAUCUGGAAAUAAAAGUAGAGUAGAACCUUCAGACAAGGAUUUCACAGAAGUUGGUGAAUCUGGUGAGAUGAAAUCAGCUGGAAAUUCACUUAGAAAUUCAUCUUUCAAACUAGCUAGAAAAACAUUUAAAUUGUCAAAAAAGGGAAAGAAAGUUGAGACAGCGAAACCUCCCUUGAGCACCAAGAAGCUGGAAUCUGGGGUUGAAUCUGGAGUGAGUGUGGCUGGUGAGAAUUUUAGUAUAUUGUCAGGGUAUGGCGUUGAAUCUAAUGGAAGGAGUAAUGAAUUGAUAAAAAGUAAUAAUUACGAGAAUGAUGAUAAUGAAGAUUUCAAGAAUAAUGAUUUCAAGAUCAGAACGAGAAGAAAGCUCUCUCUUGACGGAGAAAAGAGUAAUGAUCAUCACAGCAGUCAUUUGGAUGAUAAGAAACCAGCGGAAGUCGUCUUGGAUGAAGAGACAACUGGUGGUACUGAAGACGACAUGGUUGACUUGAAUCACGCGUUAUCCGAACCUUCUGGGAAGAAUAUUCAAGACAUGUUUGAUCUCUCGUUCAACCAGGACGAGGUUUGCAAGCUUGUGGAUGGUGUAUCGUGGUCUCCGAUGGAGAUAAGAUCAUCCAGCAAGAAGCGAGAUGUUAUUGUUUCUCCAGCUAAACAAUAUGUCCGAAGUAAAUCAACUGAGCUGAAUAACUUGAAAAGGAAUAUUACCUUUCAGGAUGCUAAAGCAAGCCAUGGAAAUGCAGAUUUACCUAACCAAGACUACCAGCGAUUUCUUGUGUUGGAAGUUUAUCGUCGGGAGAUUCUUGACAACGUGACUGCAACGAAUGCCGGCGUGGAGAAAGUUCUCAGAUUAUUCGACGAGUUGGAUAAUUCCGAGAAAUAUUGUCAGCUACAGGAAGAGUGGGAACGAACGGAAAUUGAGCACGGAGAUAUUGUGAAUAUAAUUGGAAAAACGUCUGUUUCCGGUUCUUAUAUUUUGAACAACGAAAACGAGAACUACAUUGUUGUGUAUCCUGACUUUCUGGUCACACCAACCUCGAUAUCGACCUCAACGAAAUGUUUACGACGGAGUGUUUUAGACAAGUAUUUCAAGACCGAGGGACCAAACCAGGUGAUGUUUCUGGGGACAAUGAUGCAUCGUAUCUUUGAAGCAACAUUAGUCGCCAAAGAUUUCUCUGCCAAGUUCAUCCUGGAUCACGCCAGCCAGUUGCUACAGCAACAGUCCAAUCUAACCGAGCUCUAUGGCCUCGGCAUUGCGGAGGACGAAGUCUUGUCGAAAGUCUCCGACUUCGUGCCGUUCCUCACCGAAUGGGGCACAAAGUUCUUCAACGUCGAACCGCAUCCUAUUCACAGUAAAAUAGAUUUCAAGGAUGGCGGGGUAGCGAGGAACAUAGGGGAUAAUAAAGUUGCGAUGUGUGUCUCAAAAGUGCUUGAUAUUGAGGAGUGUGUGUGGUCGCCUAAGUUUGGACUCAAAGGUCAAAUCGAUUCAUCUGUUGAAGUGAAAAUCAAUAGGAACCCAAAUAUCAUGAAGAAAAACUCAUCUCCAAAUGAAACACGCGUUCUGCCUUUGGAGUUGAAGACUGGGAAAUGCCACACAAAACUCGGCUCCGUUGAACACCGAGCUCAAGUUAUUCUAUACAGUUUAAUGAUGAUGGAACGAUACGACAGUACGCUGGAUAGCGGUUUGCUGCUUUACCUGAAGACGGGACACAUGCUUGGUGUGCCUGCGUAUAAACACGAGAAACGCGCCUUGGUAAUGAAAAGAAAUGAACUGAUAAGAUAUCUAACACACACUGGUUCACGAAUAUUGCAAAGUAUGCCAGAUAUGCUUCAGGAUGAACGCAACUGUCGAUAUUGUCCUCAGAUGAACGUUUGCACAAUCUACCACAAGAGUGUCGAGAAUGGAGACGACAAAAGCGCUGGAAUGGGGAAACUCUUUGAAGAGUCAACAAGAUAUCUGUCUCCACUACAUCUGAAAUAUUUCUCCCAUUGGAAUGAACUGAUAGCGCUUGAACACGAGGCGAUGCAGGAGAAAGCCAAUGAUUGUGAUAUCUGGUGUCUGAGCGGUACAGAGAGGGAACAAAAAGGAUAUUGUUUUAGUGAGAUGUCCCUGGUAUCCUGCAGUGUUUCGGAGGAUCCUGGUCGAUAUGUGAACAGCUUCAGAAAAAGUGAAACAAGAUCAUUCAAAGUUAGUUCGUCAGAUAUGCAUUUGGUGAAGGGAGAUUAUAUCGUAGUUAGCCAGGAAAAUGGAAUAAUGGCGUUAGCCACAGGUUUUCUGAAGGAGAUCUCUGGAGAGUCUAUCUCCGUAUUACUGGAUAAAAAUCUUACACAAUGUUACCACCACAAGAGUCGCUUUGUCGACGGUCUUCCUCUGUAUCGUAUCGACAAGGCAGAGAUCUCGACUGGUGCUACGAUCCAGUGGUCUAAUCUGGCCAAGUUGUUCUUCGCUGAUAAUGAAGCACAGAGCAAACUUCGUCGUCUGGUCGUUGAUCUUGAGUCGCCCAGGUUUUCUCGUGAAAACGAUCAGAUUCCCAGCGUAACAUCUAGCAAUGUUUCUGAGGCUUGGAGCAGUCAGCUCUCAUCAUGUUCCAUAGCAUCGCCUGUAAAAUUAAGCCAGAGCAACAACGAGGUUAAUCAAAUCUUACAGAAUCUGAACAGCGAUCAGAAGAAAGCUAUCAAAAAAGUGCUCACAGCCCAAGACUAUGCUUUGAUAUUGGGAUGCCCGGGCGCAGGCAAGACGCACACCAUCGCUUGUUUAGUCAGGGCACUCGUAUCUCUUGGGAAAUCUGUGUUACUAACAAGCUACACGCAUUCAGCCGUCGAUAAUAUCCUGCUUAAGUUACUACAGAAUCAAGUGGAUUUCUUACGACUUGGCUCCCUUCAAAAGGUCCACUCAGAUAUUCAACCCUAUGUCGUUUGCAAUGCAGCCAAAGAAAUCAAAACUGUCAAAGAAUUGAAAGAUUUCUAUGGGUCAAAACUUGUGGUAGCAACAACAUGUCUUGGAGUGAACCACACUUUAUUCAAUCAAAGAUCUUUUGAUUACUGUAUCGUUGACGAGGCAUCUCAGAUAACGCAACCAGUCUGCAUAGGCUCUUUAAGACAUUCUUCGAUUUUUGUUCUGGUCGGAGAUCACUACCAACUGCCACCUUUAGUUCAAAGCCAGAAAGCCAGAGAUGAUGGGAUGGAUAUUAGUUUAUUCAAGCGUCUGUCAGAAUGUCAUCCACACGCGGUCGUGCAGUUGGAAUACCAGUAUCGUAUGCAUGAAGAUAUCAUGUUGUUAUCAAACACGCUCAUCUAUGAAAAUCGCUUGAAAUGCGCCACCAAGAAGAUUGCUGAAACCUUGCUGGAGUUGCCAAAAUUCGCCGCGUUUCGCGAGAAUAUCGAUGGAUUAGGGCGGGAAAAGCAAGCUCAAUGUUCCUGGCUACUGGCAGCGUUGGAUCCAAAGUUUCCUGUGUUAUUCCUCGAUACUGACGCGUUGCCUGGUUCGGGGGAAGUUCGUUCUGGGCAUAAUGUGUAUAACGAAACCGAAGCUGGUUUGGUAGCAAGCGUUGUGCAUGGUUUGAUCAAGUCUGGGCUCGACUGUGAUGAUAUUGGCGUGAUAUCGCCGUACAGACAGCAGCUGAAGGUCAUCAAACAAGAGCUGAACGUUGAACAUGGCCAUUAUGAUGAGAGUUCUGGACCACAACUCAACGUGGAGAUAAACACGGUAGAUAAAUACCAGGGUAGGGACAAGCUUUGUGUAAUAGUCUCGCUGGUCCGUAGUAACGCGGGCGGACAUGUCGGAGACCUGCUGAGAGACUGGCGGCGAGUUAACGUCGCGGUGACGCGAGCAAAGCACAAGUUAAUACUACUGGGUUCGAGGGAAACUUUGAAUCAUAACACGCUGUUCCAAGAGUUGUUUGCAUUGCUGGAGAUGAAAGCUUGGAUACGAACCUUACCGAGCUCAGCAUGGCGUGGUCUGUUGCCAUGGUAACUAAAUAGCAAGAAUAAUUGGUCUGAAAUAUGACAACGGGAGAUAACAUAUUACUUGAACAAGUUUCAUUGAGCCAAGCACAGACGAGGAUGUUUUCGUCAAAGCAGUUCUGUUUCAUGCUGCAAUACUCUCUGCAACCUGAAAUGCACCCCUGUAUACGUGUAUACGAAAACACGUAAAUUGUUAUAAAACAUUAAAGUUUCGUGGUUGCAAAUUUACGUUACUCAAGAUAGAAUUAACUCCUAACCCUGCAUUGCAAGUUGCAUGAAAAAUUGGACUGUGUAACACGGCCUUUGCAGGUUCAUCACAUUUUAUCUCGCACACACAAGCCAAUAAAACCAGGCAAUGAUAUUUACUUUCUCUUCUUUUUUGCACUUCAUGUAUUCCAUUAGUUUGUACCGUGUUAAAAAUAUAUAUAAAUAUAAAUA